AUGGCUACCGAAGUCGACACCCACAAAAAUGCCUUUGCAGAAGACAAAAAGUUCGAUCCUGAUGCACUUGAAAACGACUAUCCCAAAAUCGAAGAAGGCAAACAGACGUCAGCGAACGGUGUAUUGGAAGCCCUUGGCUACGAGCCCGAGUUAGUUCGAAACCGAUCCACGCUCCAAGUGGCUUUCAUGUCAUUUGUCCUUGCAGCAAUCCCAUACGGCCUCGCAACAACAUUCGUCUACCCCCUUGUCGGAGGAGGUUCAGUUAACAUCAUCUGGGGAUGGCUUGCAGUCUCUAUGAUCAUUCUCUGCGUCGCUGCGUCCCUCGGUGAAAUUACUUCAGUCUAUCCAACUGCAGGAGGUGUCUACUACCAAACCUUUAUGCUAUCACCUCCUUCAUAUCGCAGAAUUGCGUCCUGGAUCUGCGGGUGGUCAUAUGUUGUUGGAAACAUUACUAUUACCCUCGCAGUCAAUCUUGGAAGCACCCUUUUCCUCGUUUCGUGUAUUAAUGUUUUUGAAUCUUCUCCGGGAGUCGGAAUCUUCGCGGCGGAAACUUAUCAAGUUUUCCUGAUCUUUCUGGCUGUCACUUUCAUCUCUACAGCAGUAUCAGCUUUUGGAAACAAGUGGCUACCCUUGCUUGAUACCUUUGCAAUUUUCUGGACGCUUGCCGGUGUUCUGGCUAUUGUCAUCUCUGUGCUCGUAAUUGCCAAGAAUGGUCGACAUGAUGCCGCAUACGUCUUUACCAACUUUGAGCCUCAGUCCGGAUGGCCAGCUGGCUGGUCUUUCUGUGUGGGUCUUCUCCAGGCCGCUUACAGCACCUCUUCUACUGGAAUGAUUAUUUGCAUGUGCGAAGAAGUUCAGCACCCAUCAACACAAGUGCCCAAGGCGAUGGUUGGUACGGUCAUUCUCAAUACUCUGGCUGGCUUCCUCUUCCUCGUUCCUUUGGUCUUUGUACUCCCCGAUACCACGAUGCUUGCUGCGCUCGCAUCCGGCCAACCGAUGCCAACCAUUAUCAAGUCGGCUGUUGGUAAUGAGGUUGGAACAUUCUUGCUUCUGGUGCCUCUUAUAGUCCUCGCCUUCUUGUGUGUUAUUGGCUGUACCACCGCUGUUUCGCGAAGCACCUGGGCCUUUGCUCGCGACGGGGGAUCCCAGGUUCCAAGUGGUGGAAGCAGGUGA